CUGCCGCCGCCGCCCGCUCACUGCGCUCAGGGUUCGGGGCAGAGGCCGGGAUGUGCCGUCGGAGCUCUCCGCUGUUGCCGCUGCUGCUGGCGCUGCUCGGCCGUCCCGACCCCGCUCCAGCCGAGCACUGCGACUUGCAGCCGGUGACAGCAGAGCCUCCCAUCACGCUGUCCUACACCACCAGCACGGUGCUGCGGGGCUGCGUCAGCAGCAGCUCUACGCACACUGAACAUGAAGUUCACGUCCUCAGCAUCCAGUGGUCGAAGACCCCUGUUCCCAUGCUGAAUGUGUCCAUCAUACCACAAGCUGAUGUCUGCACCCGGCAAGCAGUGCUCAUCCUCCAGUGCCCACAGUGCUCAGCCAGCAUCACCUCCCCGUGCCAGGACCUCCUCAUCCACACUGACGCCUCUCUGAGCCCCAAGGUGCAAGGCACGGAGCUGCCAGAGGCUGCCAAGGGACAUCUGCUGGACUGGGUGCAGAACACCUAUAGGGGCAUCACAUCCUACAGCGAGCUGAAGGACCCACAGAGGAUCCACCUCCACCUGGGCGAAAAUAGCAGCAGCCCCCUGAACUGCGUUCCCCAGAUGGACUUUGAUGCCACGCCGCACCUCGAGGCUGAGGUCCUUUUCCGUGAGGUGAAGGGCUGUACCAGCAGCAGUGCCCACAGUGCCAGGGCUGCCCACAUUGUCCAGCUUCUGCACAAGCCCAGCUUGCCCAUCACGGAGGUGAACCUGACCCUGAGCUGCCCCGAACAGCAGCCCAACAACCAGAUCCUCCUCCUGCAGGGCCCAGCCAACCUCGCCUGGCUCCUGAUGCUGAACAACUGCAGCCUCAAUUUCCUGACCUCCGGCACCUACAAGAUCCUGCACAUCCCUAUGGGGCCGCAGAAAGGGGAGCUGCUGCCCGACACAGAGCAGGGCCUCAUCACCAAAGCCUAUGAGAAGAACUACAGCAUCAUCGCCUCCUACUCCGUCAUCCCCAUCAGCCCCCACAUCACACUGAAGAUCCACGAGCGUGAGGUGCCGAGGAAGCUGCCCACGGUGCCCAUCUCAUCAACCCUGAGCCCUGACCUCAUAUCCAGCACGCUGCUCCUCACGCUCAGGCCCUGGAAGUGCACAGAUGACACCAUGGAAAUCGUCAUCGCCAGGUCCCACCUGGAGCCCAUCAAGGACGUGGUGAACAUCACCCUGCGGGACAUCAGCUGCCAGGCAGAGAAGAACGCCACGCACUUCAUGCUGCACACCCUGCUCAGUGGCUGCGGCACCUUGGUGGAGAGCCACGGCCAUGCCAAAAAUGAGCUCAUCCUCAGCCUGUCCAAGGGCUCUGUGCUCCGGAGCGUGCGGGUGGCCUUUCAGUGUCCGAUCCCACGGGAGCUCUUCCUGCGCCUCUUCCCCACUGCUGACUUCAAGGUACCACAGACAGAGCUGGAGGUCAACAAAGAGGUGUUUGUGCAGGCAUCCAUGCACUUGGAGGACUACCUGGCCGACCUGCAGCUCAAGGAAUGCUAUCUGAUGGCCCCUGGUAUGGAGCCAAUGCUGCUGGUGCAGGGCAACAAGGCCAAGAGCUCCAGCGUGGCCAUGCUGGACGAGCCCCCCAGCAACUGGACCAGGAAGGUCUGGCGCUUCCGCUUCACCUACGCCAUCCCUGAGGGCAGGCACGUCCCCUUCUCUGCCACCCUCACGUGCAAGGCUGGGCUGCAGAACAACACCAUCUUCGAGAAGGUUUUGGAAGUGAAGGUGAAAGACAUCUGGCGGCCACCUAACAAUCAAGGGCUGGGGCUGUCUGCUGUGCUGGGCAUCACCUUUGGAGCCUUCCUCAUCGGUGCACUCCUCACUGCUGGGCUCUGGUAUAUCUACUCACAUACUCGUCCCAUCUCCAAACUGCAGCCGGUGUCCACCACGGCGCCAGCCUCGGAGAGCAGCAGCACCAACCACAGCAUCGGCAGCACCCAGAGCACCCCCUGCUCCACCAGCAGCAUGGCCUGACCCCCUGGGCCUCCCCCUCAGCCAUCACCCCACCGCCACCACCGGCUCAGCCUCCAUAAAAGCCUUUUUCUACCCCAAACCUCAGGCUGAGCCCGGAGGGGGCCAUGGCCCCACGCUGUCCCCAGGGCCACCCUUACUCAUUCAGUGAAUGCUUUGGCCCCCCCAAGGCAGCCCAGGGCGGGGAAGGGGGGGCACCAUGCAACACCCCUCCAGGGGGUUCCCAGCACAUGGGAGUGUAGGGGGCAAAAUGUGGGUGCCUCCAGGAUGUGUCCUGGCACUUAGGCAGCGUUUGUACCCCGGCACCCACAGACCCUGCAUUAUCCUUCCCCUGAUAAUGCGGUGCAAAUGCACGCUGAGCAGCAGCUGGGGGGCAGCAGGUGCAGCCCCGAUGGGGUGACCCCCCCCCGGCAUUGUCCCAUGGAGGCAGUGGGCAGCACUGGGAGCAGCAAAUGGUUUAUUGGGAUGGGGGCUGGGGGCCAGGCAGCACCACGCUUCUGCCCCCUCGGCCCGGGGCAGUGCACAGACAUCAACCCGGACCCCCCAGCCCAGCUCCAGGUCAAAGUUACAAACUUAAUAAUAAUAAAAACCUAGACUACAUUAAA